UCGCGCGCACGUGCGUCGUCGUCGCCGCAUCUUGCCGAUCUCGCUCUCAACCGCGAUCGUUUCCAGCGUAUUUUCGUACUCUCGACGUCUGUCGCAGUGACACAUUAGAUUGAUGGUUGUACGUAAGACAACGAUCACACUGCAAGUGCACCAGAAAAUCGAAUCGAAUCGGACGUGCAGAGUUUUUUUUUUCUACAAGCGUGCCGGAAUGUGAUCACGCGGUGUGGUGUAACUUUGAACAUCCCUGCUGGCACUUCUGCUGGUUUUCGAUCUGAUGGUGAACAUCGGGUAGAGGACUACUUGAUAUGUGAGCGAUCUUUCUGCAGAUAUAACAUUGUGUAAAUCCAGUGCGCGAUUUUCAUCGUGUCGGUAAACGCAUUUCAGCGUAACUGUGUCGAUCGAGUGCUUCGUCGCGAGCGUAGCGUCGAUUUCGAGUCGGAAUCCGAAGAUUCUCUGCUAUCGCGGAGCUCCGUGGACGAACAAAGACAGCGAAACCGAUAACAGGGUGUCGAUAGCGCCGACGUUAGUUAUUGUUUCCGAUUCCUUCUCGAUCUUCAGUUUCUAUCUCUAUCGAUGUGUGACAUUGUCGCAUAUAGACAUUAACAGUUAAUUGUUAACCAAAUCAGCUACCCGUCAUCGUCUGUUGAUCGAUAGUGUUUGACACCGAUCUCGAUCGCGGAUCGAUUCCGAGACUGCAUGUGAGCAAACCAAAGGUCUACGUUCGAGCAAGAACCUUUCGCUUCCCGGAAAAAUCGGAGCGAUACAAAGAACGAAAGAUAAUAGCGCGUUGUCUUCUCGCUCGGAGGAUUACUCGCCUCGUGUCAGUAAUUCAGUCUGCUUUCAUUCGCUCGCUGAAAGUCGAGCUUGUUUACAUCUCCCUACUAUUUUGUAUUCUGGUGUUUUUGCAAUCGAUCUAUCGUCGGAAUUCGGCAUCGUCGAAUUGAAUGAAGUCUGUGUUCCAUUGUACGAGAUUCGCUAUUUAAUUACAAAAUUAUUCGAAAGGAGUGUGACUAUCUCGAGUGAAUUCAGUUCUCGUAGCUUUCUACGACUAUGUCCUUUUUGAGACAAGCAAUAGAGAAACUUGUGCAUUUCAUCUGUUACCUGAAUAAGAAAUGUUUUUGUAUUAUUUUGUUUGAGAAGCACAGGGAACGAAAAUUCCAAACCUCUAUUCUAAUGAACCAUUAGUUACAUAGGUACUCUUUUGUGUUUGAUAUACUGUUCUUUUGUUACUACAUCGUACCUACGUUAAAGACACCAUCUACCUGUUACUGCUACUCACAGAUUAACAAGAACUAGAAAUUGCCUCUGCGAGAAAAAACAAGACGCAUUGGAGUGAGGAAUUGAGUGAAAUCUAACGAUAUCAUCACGUUAUACGAAGAUACGUACGGCUAUAUAUUUUUAUGUAUAUAUUUUGUGUCGAUAACGAAUUAUGUCGUAAGAUUUAAGAUUUUAGUUAAUAAAAACGGUAUACUCACAUUCGCUAUAAAUUCAAAUAGCAAGUAGCAAAUAGCCAGUUGUUGAACCAGAGAAUAGGUAACAGAGCAAAUUAUCGGCGCAACCAGAUCGACAUCUCACGCGAGAUCUAUCGCUAUUUUCUGGCGAUAACGAUCCACGUGCUUCUUAUCGAUCUACGUGCGCCAAAAGCAGACGAAUCCAGCGAGAGGCUAUCCAUCAAGCGAGUACUUUUCGGGCCCGCAGGCCGCGUGCGCGGAGAACGUUCUUAUCUUGAUAAUGGUUAUCGAAUAGACGAGAGGCCGGAGACUCGAGUCGAGUAAAAGAAGAAAAAGAAGACGGAGAAUCACCGCGAGAAUCAUCGAGUGGCGGAGGACGACCUCGAGAUAAGGGAGGACAGCAACGGGGAGGAGCUCGCCGAUUGUAAAUUAUAUUCACCCGCGCGUCGCAACUCGCAACUACGGGGAAAAAUCGGCCGAGCGGACGAAAUAAUUAUUGUGCGCGGCUUUCCAUCUCUCUUUGUGCACGUAUGCGGCGAGAGAAAGGGAGAAGGAUUAAUCGCACCAUGCCGAUCGCGACGUGAAUCGAAUGCGAGGUCCGCCACGUCGUCGUCGAAGGGCGGAGAACGCGCCUGUGCCUGUGGCGCAAAGUGAUCGGCAAGGUGUCGUCGCGGCGAUCGUCCGUCGUCGAGCAAGAGGUGAAGGUGGUGAAGAAGGUGGUGGUGGCGAAGGAGUGGGACUCGUCGUCUGGAUGCCAGUUCUCGAGGGCGGAGUGCGAAAAAGGGCCGUGCGUAAAAUGCGGAUGAGAAUCUGCGCCGCGACCAAGGAGUCCUACACGCUCCUCUCCAAGAAACGGAGGCAGCAGUUGGAGCAGCCCGUAUACUGCGAGUCCGAGUCGCGGCGACCCAUCACCGUGGAAGAUGACAAGCAAGACGUAUCAGGCGCCAAUCCGGAGAAAGUUAAGAGUACGACGCAGGAUCUAUUCGAGUUACUUGAGCGAGUGCAGAGUUCGCGUCUUGACGAUCAACGCUGCGUUCUGCCGUCGUACUUUUCUCAGACACCGAGAGAUGACAGGACGACGUCGAGUCCCGGUGGUGCACCCGGCAAUCACACCUCGACCUUAUCACCGUCGCCGGUCGGCGACGCGCCCUUGGGUAGGGCGCUGAUGGAAGCAGCCUUGCAGCAAGCCGCGACCGGCGUCCAGCCACCCUUAGUCGUCACGCCGUCCGGGUACUGGGUCGACGGUAAAGAUCAUCGACAUACCCUCGAUUCCGCCGGCAGAGCAUUGCUGCCGGCGCAGCCGGCCUGGCAGCCCAGGAUAGACCAGGACGACACGGCCAAGUGCUAUCGCCGCUUCUUCGUCGGCAGGGAACACGUGAAUCUCGUGGGAAGGGACGGUGAGAACGGCCCGGUCCUGGUCUCGGUGAAGGCCGAGACGGUCGCCGGACAGGAACACUGGCGGGUGCUGCUGCGACUCCGGGCGGGAUCGACGCACGACCUGGUCCCUGCUACGAAUCUCAGCUCGAAUCCUACGCCGUCGAAAAUGGUCAAGGCGAUCAACGAGUCUCUAAACGUGAACCCCCUGAUGCCGGUCAUGUGUCCCGGUGCUGGUACCUUGAUAGCCCGAUACGACGAGCAUGCCCUGGUCUCCAGGUUCAAGUUUGGCGUUCUCCACCAGCGAGCCGGUCAACUCACCGAGGAGCAGCUCUUCGGCAAUCGACAGAUUACACCGGCCUUUCAAGAGUUCCUCGAUCUUCUUGGUCAGAAAAUCGAUCUCAAAGAUCACAAGGGUUAUCGCGGUGGUUUGGAUACUCGACACGGUCAAACCGGCGAUUCGGCGAUAUACGAAGUGUUCCGGGGUCGGGAGGUGUUGUUCCACGUGGCCUCGUUGUUACCGUAUAGCCCGGGCGAUUCGCAGCAGCUGCAGCGCAAACGACACAUCGGCAAUGACAUCGUUGCCAUCAUAUUUCAGGAGGAACCGACACCCUUCAGCCCGGACAUGAUCGCCAGCCACUUCUUACACGCCUUCAUCGUCGUGCAAGUCAUCGACCCUUGCACUCCUAAUACCAGGUACAAAGUCAGUGUGACGGCACGCGACGACGUUCCCUGGUUCGGACCGGCUCUACCGACACCGGCAGUCUUUCUCAGAGGUGUUGAAUUUAAAGAGUUCCUGCUCACGAAACUCGUGAACGCCGAGAACGCUGCUUACAAAGCCGAGAAAUUCUCCAAGUUGGAGCUACGGACUAGAUCGGCUUUGUUGGAAUCUUUAAUGGAAGAACUACAGACCAAAACGGCAGAAUUUCUCGGUGGUCCGCUCGGCCUGGGAAAUUCCGGCUUGAGCGUUUGCCCAGUGAGUCCAACGAACGACGUAUCCGCUUCAGGAAGUAGUGGUAGCGGCUCGCGGUUUAUCGAUACGGUACGCAAAGCACUGAUUUCCCGUGUGAGAAACGCAUCAACGGAGAGCGUGCCGCAGCAGCUAGCCAAGAAAGGUCAACAGACGGAGUCCAGUCCUCCGAGCAAUCGACAGUCGACUGUCACGAAAGUAAGCGGCAGCAAGCGUUCAGUGGAACCGUCCAGUCCCCUCGGCUCACCGGAUCUAACUCUGAGGAGAGAUUCGGAACGCGGUAGUCUCGGCAGCCAGGACAGCAGUCUAUCCAAUACCGACAAUCAAGACAGUAGUCUGGCGACAUUGCAACAGGACGAAUAUGAUCGCAGGGAAUCGCAGGGCACGAGUGUUAUCUGCCUCGACAGGGAUGUCACUGUCAUCGACAAAAUCCCGGCGCCAACGCCAGCAACGGUACAGCGAUUAACGCACGAGAAUCUACGCACACAGGAGAAAACAACGACAGAGGUGACGCAGCGAGUGAUCUCGGAAAGCGAUGACAGUUCGCUCAACAGCGAGCUCGAGCUCGAUCAGGCCGUGUAUCCCGAUAGCGACACGGGUCUUGAAUCUAUGAGUUCCGCGGAGACUCACGAUACCACAAGGUGUACCGGUAAAGACGGAGUCGCGGAAAACGAAAAUUUGAGGAUGGAGGUCACUAGGCUCAAAUGCGAUAAGCUGGAUUUGUUGCGGCAAAAUGUGACAUGCCAACGUGAACUGAAACGUCGUCGAGAAAAGGAACUGCAACUGGAGUCCGAUUUGGCAACGGCGUCUAAGGAAAUUUUGCGACUACGUGCGAUGCUGAAGGAGUGCUCCACGAGCAUUCCGCUGGAUAACAAUAACCAGCAGACAUCCACCGUGUGAAGUUUGCGAGCGCGACAUGUAGCUUUAGGCAUGAUUACGAGUUGCUCUCGUGAGAUGUUAGAUAGUAUGGCCUUUGCGGUCGAAUACAAUUGCAUGUGCUGUAGAUCUGAAAAAUUAUCUUCGAAAACGUGCGAAAUAAAUUUUCUCUCUUCAUCUUUAUUAGAGAUUUGUCGCAAUUCACACGGCUUUCGCACGCACGCUGAUUCUUUCUCGUUACACCACUUUCGCGCAUAGUUCAAUAUCGAGAUUACUGAAAAAUACGCGAAACAGAUAUCAACAGAUGAACUGAAGAACAUGACAAAGACGUAAAAUAAAGCAUUAAGACUUUUAAACGCUGGACGAGUACUCGAUACUUAAACACUAUGUACCUUUCAUUCACCAGGAAUUCAUUACUUCCAAAGGUCUAUUGUUAGUGCUCCGCAAGAGCAUAUAGAGUUUGCAAGAUGCUUUACCAUGAGGAUUGAUCAUCCAAAUCGAGUUUUCUUUCUCGAGGUAGAGAUCGGUACAAGUUCUAUAAGUCAUAUACGAGAUAGUAGAAUUAACACGAAUCUGUGAAACUGUGUAUAGUGACCAAAGUGUCAUCAAGACACUUGCAAUAUAGAUUCAAGAUUGUUAGAGUUCUUGUUUGACUUAUAAAACACGUGUAAUAUUUAUCUAUUAAUUUAUUGAUAGAUUUAAGUUGACCAUUCGUAGUCAAUAUACAGAUAAGGAUACAGAUAACAAAAAGAAGCAGUAGGAAUAUCUGUAAUGUUAGUUAUUUUAAGAAGCGCGGAUUCUCUCAGCACUUGACAUUAAGAAGAAACAAAAGUUGUCACGAUGCGCCGCAACAAAAACGUAUCUCUCUGUCGAAGCAAACAACAUGUAGCUCUCGUUUAUUUUUUCGUGGCGCGGAUUAUCCAAUUAUCCACAAUUGGAUAAAACUUCUUCCAUGUUAGAUGCGAUCUUACGUAGUCGAGAAACCUUUUGUCAUGCGCGAUUGCAGAAGGAAAUAUGUACCGCUAGCUACAGUAUUUGUCACGAUAGACUUACCCGUUUAUUAGUUUUCUAGUAUUAGAUACCAGAGAAUAGUUUUAGAGAAACCUCUACGAGAUUUAAUCAUCCUCGAAACACCAUCCUCGCGUGCUAGUUUUAGCGACAAACUGAUUUCCAUUUCGUUUUUAACCAACCGUGCACAGCACCAAAUUAUUUAAGUAUGCAUCACGUGUCUUCACAAAGUAUCGUUACUCUCUUUUGCACUCGUAAACGAAAAAUGCGUUAUCAUUCACUGUUCUCCAUCUAAAGUUAAGUAUUUUGUAUUCGUUCUUGGUUGACAGGUGUCGAUCUUUCUGUUAUUUCUUAUGGCUAGUAUUAAUACGAUUCUUAUACCAUUAUUAUUAUCAGCUUUACUAUUAUUAAUACUUUUAUUAACAUUGAUUAUGUUGUACUUUGUAUGAUCAUUGUAAAUAAUCGUUAAUAUAGGACAGAUACUCGAAAGCGCUAAGCGAACUGGCACAAAGAGGAGGAACGAUGACGUUCACUCACACAUAAUACCAAAGUUUAAUGUAGUAAAAUUCAUAACUUUUC